AUGCAGAAGCAUACGUAUGCCCUAGCAUGGAACAAGCAGAAGCACUUUACGCUUAUGCCGCAGGAAGAAGUGGUAGAGUUCUUAGUAACUCAAAUGGAGGUGCCAGAAAAAAGCCCGCUGGUCAAACCCAGUCAGUGGUGCCGCAGGAAGCAUAGUAAGUGGCAGCGUGUCGUAAAUGAGAAGCGACGCCCGUUGCGGCGGCUAAGAGAUGAUAGGCUGCGUAGAGCUACUAUAGUGGCAGCGACGGCGCACUUCCAGAAGGUGUUGACUAGGGUUGAGGCACGACAGCAUGACUAUACGAGGGGGCUCAUGGGAGAGUGUAAGCUGCCACCAAUACCUGACGAACUGGCUCCGGUAGAUUUGCCAGUAGGGCAAGAAGCAGAAUGUGGAGAAACGCCGCCAGCGAAAGAUUGCAAUGAUUUUAACCAGAAGCCCUUACGACGGUUAGCGGCGAAGCUGGGUAUACCACGGCAGGAGGUUGAAGCAUUAAUCGCAGAUAUUGAGUCUGUUGCGUAA